UAAAAAGGGAUUAAACCCUCUAUUGAUUUGCCAUCAUCAUCAAGCAAAGCAAAAGCUUUGAAAUCUUUACUCUCUUUCCCAGAAAUACAGGAAAAAAAAGAGCUUUUUUUUAUUAUUUUCUUUAAAUUUCAUCAAUGGCGUUGAAGAAAACUUUGGUGGAGAAGCUUUUCAAUAUUUCGAAAAUUUCAUCACAAGCUGUUACCAAUUGCCGGAUUUCAUCAACGACGAUUCAAAAUCGAAUCUCGAAGAAUGCCGGGAAAGGUACGGCCGAAAUGGCACCGGAUCCGGGAGAUCUUAACGGUGCCGGUAAUGGUGUGUUCAAGCGGUUUCUUCAUAAAGGAUCUGCGGUUUCACCGGCAAUGAGGACGUUACCGAGGGGGAAAGAUUUGAUUGAGAAGUUGAAGGAGAUUGAUAUGUCGAAGGAUCGGAUCCGUUUAGACGGGUUGAACUUGAACCCGGUCUUGACGGCUAAACCGGUGGUGCCGGAGGUGACUUCGUUGUCGGUUCAGGAAUUGAAGAAGUUAUUAAGGGUGGCGCAGUUGGAAGCGGUGAAAACGAGGUUGAUGAAGACAGGUAAAACCUGGAUUUCGUAUUCGGAUUUCAUUCGGAUCUGCGGUGAAAGCUGUUCGGAUCCAGAACAAGGAUUGCAGUUCGCUAAAUCGUUAGAUGAAUCUGGAAACGUCAUCGUGCUGGGAAACGUCGUCGUUUUACGACCCGAUCAGGUAGCAAAAGCACUUGGUGGUCUAAUUCCUUUACCCGAACCCGGUCCGAGUGACCCGAGAAGAAAAGAAUUAAUCGAGUUGGAGCAACAAAAAGCCGCGAUCGAUACGAAAGCUGAUUCCUUGGUCCGUCGUGAACUCUGGCUCGGUUUAGCUUACUUGGUGGUUCAAACCGCCGGGUUCAUGAGACUAACCUUUUGGGAACUCUCAUGGGAUGUGAUGGAACCUAUUUGCUUCUACGUCACUUCCAUGUACUUCAUGGCCGGAUAUGCAUUUUUCCUUAGAACGUCCAAAGAACCUUCUUUCGAAGGAUUCUAUCAAAGCAGGUUCAACGCCAAACAAAAGAAACUUAUCGAGUCUCAAGGCUUUGAUAUCCGAAGAUAUAAUCAACUAAAAGAAAUAUUUUACCCGGAUUCAUCUUCCCAACAAACCUUUAAAACGGCAUCAUUUGAUCAUUCCGAAUAAAAUAGAAACAAGAAAUAAUACAAUUUUGUUUUUAGGAUUCUAGGGUGCGGCUUUUGUGUAAUAGUCUUUAAGGAGUCCCUCCUUUUUUUAUUUCUCCCAUAUGAAAUAUUGGGAUUGAAAGUUAAUCCAAAUACGAAAUUAGAUAAA